AUGAUUCAGUUUCUGAAGCAGAAAGUCAAAGAGGAGUGGUUAAAACAUGGGGAUGAGAAUACAAAAUUAUUCCAUAAUAGCAUUCAGAAUAGGAACAUUCAGAAUGCCAUUUGCUCUAUUUGGGAUAUGAAUGGCAAUUGGCUGGAUAGUCAGGAAGAUGUUCAAAAGGUUUUUCAUGAUUAUUAUGAAGAGCUGCUAGGUUCAGAAAUGAGAGGUAGAAGGGCUGUAUUGGAUUCGGUGGUGCAGAAUGGAGCUACUGUCUCAGAGCAGCAAGCUGAGUUUUUAUGUGGAAAAUAUACUCAAGAGGAGGUUAAAGCUGCUCUAUAUUCGAUACCUGAGGAGAAAGCUCUAGGACCAGAUAGGUAUAGUAGUGCUUUCUUUAAGCACUCGUGGAGUAUCACAGGUAGUUAUCUAACUCAGGCAGUGCUGUCCUUUCUCCAUUCGGGGAAGAUUCUCAAAGAAAUAAAUACCACAAAUAUAACCCUUAUCGCCAAGUCUAGUUGUCCUAAGAAUGUUAGUGAAUAUAGGCCAAUAGCUUGCUGCAAUGUGGUCUAUAAGAUAGCUACUAAGCUUAUAUGCAUGAGGCUUAGAGAGAUUCUUCCUUCAAUUAUUUCUGAAAACCACAAUGCCUUUAUAAAAGGUAGGAACAUAGCUCAUAACAUAAUGCUAUGUCAAGAUCUGGUUAGAGGUUAUGGGAGGAAAAAUGCGCAGGCAUCUUGCCUCAUCAAAAUUGAUCUUCAGAAAGCCUAUGACUCUCUGGAUUGGAAUUUUUUACAUGAAAUGUUGACAGCUCUUAAGUUUCCUGGUCAGUUUAUACAGUUAGUAAUGAGUUGUGUAACAACAGCUAGAUUUUCAAUCAUGAUUAAUGGGGCUCCUACAGAUCUUAUUCAAGCCAGAAGAGGAUUAAGGCAAAGGGACCCUAUAAUGCCCCAAUUCUCCAAUGUGGUUUAG